CCUACAUUUACCAAUUUGCUCUGCCUCUAGAAACAUGCAAUGCAAAACAAAGUCUAUAACCACUUGACACAAUUUUCUCAAUUUCCCAUUCAUUCCUUAAAACCAAUCACACCACCAAAAAAACAGAGAAAAAACAGAGGAAAAACAGAGCAAUGGUUUCAUUUGCACAAUCCCAACCAGAAUUACCCUUAAACGAAAAUGACUCACAAGACAUGGUAAUAUACCAAGUCCUAAACGAAGCCAACAAUCUAACCAACACAUUUAUGCAACAAAGGAACCACCAUCAAGCUCUGAGUGGCUUAGAACCUACAAGGGCUAUCACCAAGAAGCAUUAUAGAGGUGUAAGGCGUCGUCCGUGGGGUAAAUAUGCGGCGGAGAUUCGUGACUCGGCUCGUCAUGGAGCUAGAGUAUGGCUUGGAACUUUUCAAACAGCUGAAGAAGCUGCUAUGGCUUAUGAUAGAGCUGCUUUCAAAAUGAGAGGUUCAAAAGCUUUGCUUAAUUUUCCAGCUGAAAUUGUUGCUGCAGCAGCUUCUAUGCAAAUGGAAUUUUCAAAUUCUAAGCUCAAGUUGAAUAAUAGUAAUCAUGAUUCUGAAUCAAGUGGUAGCAGCUGUUGUACCAAUUCUAAUUCCAAGGAGCAAGUAAAGAAAGAAAAAGAUUAAUUGAAUGUGAUACUGAGCUAUGAUAUAAUUAUGUUGAAAAGUCUUUGAUUUUUUUUUUUCUUGUUGUUUUGUUUAAUGUUAAUUGUGUCUAAUGUCUAUCAUCAUGUUCAUGGGUGCUUCCCCUGUCUCUGUAUAUAAAGAUAGGUUGGUGUUCUAUAAAUUAUAGGGAAAAAUUAAGCUUAGAAUAGUAUUGAUGCAGUACUGCAGUAGUUUAAAGUUAAUUUUAAAUGUUUGGUUUACAUUGAAGCCAUGAUGAAGGCUAAGGCUAUAAAGUAAGAAAUUGAAUCCUUUUUGAAAAA